GACAACAAAGCAAUAACCCUCUUGAAAUUAAUUAAAGGUCAAGGAAAGCAUAGCAGUAGCUUUAAGCUAGGCACUUAAUUUUCAGCAAUGGCUUCUUCAGUUAUGUCCACAGCAACUGUUGCCACUGGCGCCAAUGCUGCACAAGCCAGCAUGGUUGCACCCUUCAAUGGCCUCAAGUAUGACCACCAAUUAACAAGAAGAAGUACGAAACUCUUUCAUACCUCCCUGAUUUGUCCAACGAGCAAUUGCUCAAGGAAAUUGAGUACCUUUUGCAAAAGGGAUGGGUUCCUUGCUUGGAAUUCGAGACUGAGCACGGAUUUGUGUACCGUGAGCACCGCAAGUCACCUGGAUACUACGAUGGCAGGUACUGGACUAUGUGGAAGUUGCCCAUGUUCGGGUGCACUGAUGCUACCCAGGUCUUGAAUGAAGUCCAGGAGGCAAAGAAGGCUUACCCACAGGCCUGGGUCCGUAUCAUCGGAUUCGACAACGUUCGUCAAGUGCAGUGCAUCAGCUUCAUCGCCUACAAGCCUGAAGGCUACUAAAUUCUCCAUUUUUCAAGACAACUUACCCUGUCUUUACGGAUAGUUUGUUUGAAUUCUCCUUAGUUUUUUCCCUGGAGAAAUUGUAUUGAUUUUCGAUUGUUUUCCUUCUUCUUUCUAUUCAGUGUAUGAAUUCGAAUUCCAAUCAAAUUUACGAGAACUAUAAUAACAUUUGUUUCUUUUUUAA